UCCUUUUUUGAAUAACAAUUCAAACUAUGUGCCUUUUGCGACGAUGCGAACAAACUGUUUCCACUAAAUACAUAUUUUUAACAAUAAAUUUCAUAUAUUGUUUAUAUAUUGUCUAGCCUUUUUUUUUUUAUUGUUAGUAGUAAAUAUAUUCCAUGUCUAUUUUGCAGUUGCAUAACUGAAACUACGUCGCGUCUACCGUUAUCUGUACAUAGCUUAAAAAGUGCAUGUAUAGUUUUAACAAUGACACUAAUAAUUGUUAUCUUGCACUUUAUCCGUUAGUGACUCAAAUAUUACUUUGUUUGACAGUGAGAUUCGGUGUAUAUGCAAAACAAUAGAUGUGAUAAGUAAUAUAAUGUGUUAAUAGCGAGGAGCAAAUAAGUAUCAUUUUGUUAUAUUAGCGUAAAACAAUCUAAUUGUCAUCAAUCACAUCGUCGCAACGAAUCUUUCAGUUUAACAAGAAUGCCUAAUGGAAUUACAUUUCUUUCGCAAUAAAUACCACAAAUUGUAGCAUCGUAACCAAAUACCGAAUACGACUAUUUAGCAUUAAUUCUUAACGCGUGCUUAACAUAAAAACGUGGAAUAAAAUGGAAUAACAACGACGUAGAUCGAAGUUUUUUCUUCGAUGCUGAAUAGUAAAAAUAUCUAAUUAUACGUUCAUAUGAUAAGUCUGGUCAAUUAACUUGGAAUAAAAUAACAAAUGCGAAAACAAAAUGGCCACCGCUCGGAGCCUUGUUUAUCGACGUGUACGGAACCAAUUCUACGAGUGAAACCGGUUUGGAACUAGUUUUCUUCGGGUUUUCGGCUCUUUCCCCCACACCCCUCCCCACCACUCCACAUGAAAGAUCCCGUCUCAUACGACUUGAACACAAGUCGUAUUCGUGUAUGGAAUCUCUCUCGGAGGAGUGCAAAGUUUCGUGAAGGUUAUAUAUAAUUUGAUGUAUAGAAAUGGCAAACGACGAGAAAGAACAGGGAGGUCCGAACAUUAUUGAUGGAAAUCAAAUGGAAAUUAAAAUAGAGCCAGCAGUGCAAUAUUACGUCGAGGAAGAACAUGAAAAUAGUUUGUCCAGUAUCGAAGGCAACGGUACGAUACCCUCUACUACUGUGGACGUUGGUGCUUUAAAUCUCUGGACUAGCAAGGCUACCACCUGUCUCAUUAGUCAAUAUAAAAAGUAUCGGUCGAUGGUCGGACAGUCGAUGCGGAUUAGAAGUUUACGAGAAAUGUUUGAAAUGAUAUCUCUGGAAAUGCAAAAUUACGGCUUUUAUUUUAGUCCACAGAAGUGUGAGAACAAAUGGCGUGUUUUAGAACGCAAGUACAAAAACUUAAUUUUCCGGGAACGAUUGAAAAAGCCUGGAAGAAUGAGACAUUAUGGCCAUUGGGAACAUAAGAGAGCCCUCGAUGAGAUAUUUAACGAAAAAGAGAGACACGUAUAUAUGGAAGAAAACGAUUUUCCAUCGCCGACAGAAACAAUUAAAUAUUCGAUGAUUGUUUCAAGAGCAACGUCGGAACAAACCACAAGUUCUUCAAAUUCUAAUAAUAAUGAACAUUGUGAUCCAUUAGCUACAUUAGUAUCGGACGCUGUACCGGAAAAACAUAGCGAACAUUUAGAAUGCAAGAUUACUUUGACGACGCUAUUUCAAAGGUUUCUCGACGAAAUGGAAAAGAACUUUGCAUUGGCUGAACGAAACAAAGAGAGACGACAUCAAGAGGAAAUGACUAUGCGCCAAAACGAGUUGGAAAUGAAAAAAAGAUUGUUGAAAUUAAAAGAACAAAAGAUAGAAUUACAAAAGUGUCAAAUGAUCGCUGCUGCUCAGCAUUUUCAUCUUAACAAGCAAUAAGUCUUCUAUAUCGAAUUUUUCAAUUAACUUUUGUAAACAAUUGUCAAUUGCGUAGUCAUUUUAUGUUUUUUCUCCAAAUUUUGUAUUAUAUAUAUGUAUGUGUUGCUACAGAUGCCAAUUGGAUAGAGUCAUUUAAAAAAGUGAGCACAAGAUUUUAACGUAUGGCGAUUAUACUUGAAAUAAAAAAAUGUACAAUGAAGAAAAUUAUUCUAUGCUUACGAUAAAAAGCUAAUGAAGUAUCAAUAUAAAUGCAUUAAUAGAAGUUAAAGAGAAAUAUAGAACCUUUUCUAACAGUAUACAUAAAUAAUUUUGAUUUCAUAAAAAGAAAAAUUUAGCAGUUGAGAACGCAACUUGGUGUAGACUCUUGUCGUUAGAUGGUACUCACAACGGUUCAAAAUGAACAGUCGAUAAUGAAUAAAGGAAAAGAAAUCUGUAAAAUCAAUUUUUGUUUUUUUUCAAAUAUAUAAA